CUGCGCGUGCGUGACACGUGAGCUGGGAGCAGGAGGAUGAGGAGGGUGAGGGCGCUCGAGAGCUCCACCGCGUCCAGCCGGUGAAAUCCACGCACACGCUCACACACGCGGGUGCAAUUGUCGAAGCGCUCGAAGGGACGGCAGACUCGGACCGGAACCGGUGGUGCGCCGCUUCGGCACACUGAUUUGCAGCAUCUCGCUCCCACCGCCUCUGCCUCUGCUCCGGAGGGAGGCCCCCAGCGGCGGCGGGAUGUAGCAGCGGAUUAACGGCGGAGGAGGACAGCGGCGGGACGGACGCGGAGGGAAGGACAUGGGGAAGGACCAGGAGCUGCUGCAGGCCGUCAAGACCGAGGACUUGCUGACAGUCCAGCGCCUCCUGCAGAGACCUCGGCCCGGGAAAGCCAAGCUCCUUGGAGCAGCCAAGCGGGUGAACGUCAACAUCCAGGAUGCAGAUGGGUUGUCGCCUCUCCAUCACGCCGCUCUGAGCGGCAACAAGGAGAUGAUCUCGCUGCUGCUGGGGGCUCAGGCAGCAGUGGACAUUAAAGACAAUAAAGGCAUGCGUCCUUUGCAUUACGCCGCCUGGCAGGGCAAGACGGAACCACUGAAAAUGCUGCUGAAGGCCGGCUCGUCCGUCAACGGACAGUCGGACGAAGGGCAGAUCCCGCUCCACUUGUCCGCUCAGCAUGGUCACUAUGACGGGUCGGAGAUGUUACUGCAACACCAGUCCAACACGUGUAUCUCGGACACCGCGGGAAAGACGCCGCUGGACCUCGCCUGUGAAUUUGGCCGUGUCGCGGUGGUUCAGCUGCUGCUCAGCAGCAACAUGUGCGCCGCCAUGCUGGAGCCCAAACCUUCCGACCCCAACGGGGUGUCGCCGCUCCAUCUCGCCGCCAAGAAUGGACACAUCGACGUAAUACGGUUGCUGAUUCAGGCUGGCAUUGACAUCAACAGACAGUCGGAGUCUGGUACAGCUCUGCAUCAGGCUGCUCUCUGUGGGAAGACAGAGGUAGUGCGCCUCCUGCUUGAAAGUGGCAUCAGUGCGGGAGUGAGGAACACUCUGAGUCAAACUGCACUGGACAUCGUGAACCAGUUCACCACCACUCAGGCCAGCCGCGAGAUCAAGCAACUCCUCAGAGACGCGUCCGCCGCCAUGCAGGUGCGCGCGCUGAAGGAUUACUGCAACAACUACGACCUCACCAGCCUCAACAUCAAAGCCGGAGACAUUAUUACGGUUUUAGAGCAGCACUCCGACGGCCGGUGGAAAGGUUGCAUUCACGAUAACCGCACAGGAAAUGACCGCGUGGGCUACUUCCCGUCCAACAUGGUGGAAGUCAUCAAGAGGGCAGGCCUGUCCCCCUCCCAGCAGUGCCACACACUGCUCCUGCGCAGGCCCAACCCGUGUCCCGUUGGCUCGCUCAACGGACACUCGUACCCCCCCUGCAAGGUCCUCCCACUGCACCUGCCCUCCCCUCCCACCCCUCACCCCAACGCGCAAUCCCUCCCGCGCUUCUCCUCGUUCGGGUACGUGCCUCUUCCCAUCUCUCCGCCUUCUCUCUCCACUGCUCCUCCUCCACCUCCUCCUCUGUCUCCUCCUCCUCCUCUCUCCACUUCUCAGGAGCAGCAAAGUCAGACAGGUUCUCGGACCGCCGAGUUGAGUCCUCAGGGCUCUCCCACUUUGGGCCAGCAGAGCAGCACCAGUGAGGACAUCUGGGUACUGCGCAAACCGCUCGCAGGGGGCGAACGCAGCGGCAGCGUGGGUAGCCUCGGAAGCGCUCGGUCAUCGAGCAGUUUGCAGGGCUCGGGGAACACGCAUGUGUUGACCACGCCCGCACCCAGUCCUCAUCCAGCGCUGACGCCGGGAGUCAACACGCACGGCCUUAACGCUCCGGGCCUGAAUGCGCAAGCUGAGGGGGUGAAGCUCCUGGCCACUGUCCUGUCCCAGUCGGUAAAAGCCAAGGAGCAUCUCUUGGAGCAGUCGCAGUCCGUUGAACAAUCAGCGAGUUCUUCUUCUUCCACUGUUCACGAGCAGCGGCCGUUCGAGCGCAAGGCAGAGGAGGAUGAUGGGAAAAAGCAGGCAGUAGUGGCGUGGCUGGGUGAGUUUCAGCUGCAGUUCUACACCACCCACUUCCUCACGGCGGGAUAUGAUCUAGACACCGUUAGCCGCAUGACCCCUGAGGACAUGACGGCGAUUGGGGUCAUGAAGCCUGGACAUCGUAAGAAGUUAAUGUCAGAGAUCAGCAAGCUGCCCUCCGCGGACUGGCUGCCAGACCACAAACCCGCCAAUCUGGCAGAUUUCCUUUCUCACUUGGGUCUCAGUCAGUACUACCAGGUCCUGGUGCAGAACGGUUAUGAAAACAUUGACUUCAUCUCUGACAUCAGCCUGGAGGAUCUUCAAGAGAUCGGUAUCUCGAAACUUGGCCACCAGAAGAAGCUGAUGUUGGGAGUGAGGAGACUGAAGGACUUACAGAGAGGAGGAGUCGGUCCGGAGGCUCGAGAGAGUCCCUCCACACCUCCACCUAGUCCAGGCGGCAGCAGUAUCUCGGAGCCCCACACAGAGGCGAGGAAACAGCGGGAGGGUGGUCCAAGCCCGUUGGCGAAACCACGGCAGAGUGUCUCUCAUUCCCAAAAUGCCCCGCAUGCGCUGCUGCAAACUCCGCCACAAACCCCCACGCACACUCAAAACCAGCAGGCCUCCCCAAGAGCUCGGCCGCGGCCCUCCAACCAGCAAGCAACGGCGGCAGAUUCGCCCGUGCCGAUGCUCCGGCUACCAAGCGAGGAGGAGGAGCGACGGAGAACUCACAGUUUGAUUGGCUCCGAAACAGACUCACGCUACGCCACCGUGUGCCGCAGUAGCUCCGCUCGCACCCCUGCGGUCGCCAACGAUGUCACCGUCAACCGCAGCCAGUCGUCGGUCACACUCCGUCCUCGCCGGAAAGGUCGGCCCCCGACGCCUCCCAAGCGGUCCUGUUCUUCCAUCACCGGGGGUGACGGGGAGGGAGAAGGACAAGGGGAGGGUUUCCUCGGCCUGCCAACUUUUCGAGAGAGGCGAGCCAGCGACUGCGGCAGCUUGGGGUCGGCUUUAAGAUCUCAGGAGUCAGCGGGCCUGGAGAGAUCAGAGGGGGCUUCAGGGAGCGUGCGCAGCCUCGCCGCCAUGCUCGAGACUUCCAUUGUGAGCGGAGCCAAAACCCUGCCGAGGAAUCUUGGAAGCAGCACCAACUACCUGCAGGUCAGCCCCCCCACGCUCCGUCGCCAGGCCGGCUCAGGCGGUCUUGGAUCGGAAGAUGACUACGUCCUAAAUCGACGCAGGACCAUCGGCGGACCUGAGGGCGACGGGGAGGCCCCCAGGCAGCCGCCACAGCAACGUCCAGAACCGCGACCCCGCUCCACUGUCGUCUCCUCCGCCGCAGAGAUCUCAGACGGCUCGGCGACCCUCCGAAGGAAACCUCGUCCUCCUUCGAAGGACCCGGAAGUGCCCGUGUCUCCCACGGUCGUCACCAUGACAACUGGCUCUGACACCUUACGCAGGAGGCAGCGCGUAGUUGAGCAAUCAGAAGGCGUCAUCCAAAUAAACAAUAAACAAUCAGACUCUCCCAGAGGUCCGGCCGAUAGUAGCCGGCAACAGAACGGCGGCGUGGUGCUGAGGCGGAGGCCUGUGUCGGAGGCGUCUGAUAGGACAGAGAAGAGUAGGGAGAGCUGUGAGUGGAUGGAGGCCAGGAAGUCCCUGAAGCCACCAGUCUCGUCCAAACCUUCCUCAGUGACGCUGAGGAAGACGCAAGCGGACCCCCCAACCCCGACGCGACGGGUCCCCAUAUCUGGUCCUGAUAGCGCUGACACGGCACAGAGUCCUGAGGCAAAGCGUGUUCCUCCUCCCGUGUCGCCCAAACCUCGCGGGCCUCCAACAGCUCCCAAACCUGGCAAAGCUACUGUGGCCUCGACCGCUGUGAGCCCCGUAGCCACCGCCGCCCCCAAGCACUCCCCGCCGCCGUCCGCCGCCCCUCUGCCCGCUCCCGACACCCCUUCCGGCCCGUCCCUCUCACCGGGACUCCCCCUAACGUCUCCCUCGCCCGCCCAGAGCCCAUCCACGCCGUCCCCUCAUCCCGUCAAACCGCCGCGCUCCUCCAUCGCUGGCCUCUCCAUCGACCUGGUGGGAAUGCAGGAGGAGGAGGAGAGGAGGAAGGAGCGGGAGCAGAAGAAGCACAAAGAGGAAGAGGAGGAAGAGGAGAGGACAUCGUCACAGAGGGAAGGAGAUGCGGAGGAGGAAGAGGAGGAGGGGCAGCAUCGUCUGGAGGAGACUAGCGCCUCUUUGGCUGCAGCUUUACAGGCUGUAGAACACAAAAUACAAGAGGAUGAUGCACACAAUGACAAAAAGACAACAGUGUCCAUCCUGGAUGACAUCGGCAGCAUGUUCGAUGACUUGGCCGACCAACUGGACGCCAUGCUCGACUGAUCUCCCGAGUUUCGACACUUCCCGUCCGUCCAUCCGUCGCCUUUCUCUGGAUAGCGUCGAGAAACCGCUCCAGUCCAGAGGCUGCGAACGUCUGCGUUUUGCACCCAAGUGUCCAGGAAGGUGUCCUCCUCUUGGUUCUCUUCGGAUGCCCACCACGCUUUCCAUGCACUCAAACACACAUUCGAACAUACACAUAAAAUAACAUGGCCUGCGAUGCUCUGAGCUGACUGAGAAGCACAAUCAUUCUCCUCAUCUCUACAGACGAGAAGAAAACAAAAGCACAUGGACUGACUUGCUGGAGGGGAGAGCGAGACAGACAGGAAACAGACAGUUGAGCGUUUAUUUAAAAUAAAAAAAAAAACAUGAAAAGUAGACCACUUCCGUCCCUGUCUGCCAAGGAUGCAGUUUUCCCGCUUCUCUUCUUCCGUAUGAACGAUGGAGCGCGCUCCACUGAAGUUCCCGAUGCGUGUGUGAUGCGUUGUCUGUUCAUGUCGUUGUUGUUGCUGUUGUUGUCGUCCAGUUACGAGCGUGGUGUCCUAUAACGAAAUGUCAGUGUCCUCCUUCCGAUAAUUCACACUAUAGUUAUUCCAAAGAUCGGAAUUACGUGUGCCCGGGAAUUCCAGGGGACACCAAAACACCAGAGGUGGGGGACUGGAGUCAUUUGACUUGACUCAAGUCAGACUUCAGUCACCAAUUUUAGGACUUGGGUCUUGCUUGACUAAAACAUACGAAAGACUCAACUUUGACUUGGUAUUCAUUUGACUUGACUUAAACUACAUAAGUCUUGACUGUUUGCAUUUGACAUUCCUCUUUUAAUGACAAGACCGUGUGAUAUUAGUUUUGUGUUUUUUUGGGGUUUUUUUGUCUUUUGCAUGCAAAUUUGGCAACCUACUGGUAUGCUACAACAGUGAUUCCCAAGCAGGAGGAAAUUAUCCAAUUUCACUUCAUUUGUCCAGGAUUAUCUAUUAAUAAUGACCAAUAUAUCUUUGUUCAUCUACAAAUGCCGGCGACAUAUAGUGACAGGCAGAACAAUUAAGUUCGAUGACUGAAGGUACAAUAAACCUGUGUGGUGUGUAUCCAGCUGUUGCCAUUUACACAACAGAAUAAGCCUUGGCUUACUUGCGAGUAUAACAGCUUUGUGCUCAAUUAAACAGACCCAGAUUUCACACUGAGAAAGUCAAUUUGGGAGUCAGCUGAGAUGACAUCAUCAUUAUUUCAAUAUUCAUACUUUUUUGUCAUGUUUUCUAAUGUAAAAUGUGUGCCUUGGCGCCACAACCGUUUGGAAACACAGGUUACUAGGGUAACGCAGCAACCUGAGACUUGCUUGAAAUUUAAAGGUUAAGACUGAAGACUUGAGACUUGCACAUAUAUGACUUACUCCCACCUCUGUCAACACACAAACAUACCCUCACAUCCUAUUUUAAUCUUGCUGGUUGUUUCGGUGGUGUGUUUGCUCAGAAUUGUAAUUACAUACACACAUUAUGCAAAGACACAGACAAGCACAUGGUGUAUCCCUCUCGUCUCGCUGCAGUCGACAGUGUUUUUCAAAGAUAAUCCUAUAUUUCAAUGCUUUAUAUGGUAAAUCCAGUAUAGUUUAUGAUAGACACAGUAUCUGGUUGUUUGAGCUGUUAGAGCUCCCUCUAUUGUUGAUUAGUAAACCUGCCUCUGCGCCCCCCCCCCCCGCCCCUUCUCCAACCCAGUGUGUCAAUUAUCUGUUUACUCUGCAUCUCUCUGUGCCUUGGUAGUGUUCUUUCAUACUUUUUCUGUUGUUGUUGUUGUUUGCCUACUAAUUUUGUUUGAUGCUCCCCCAGUUCCCUCAUUAAUCUCCCAGUGUAUCCAUGUUAGAAGAUGCUUGUAGGUUUGUUCAGUAUACGACCAUUGAGAAGCAUUUUUGCAAGCCCUACUUUAAGCUGUUAUAAAUCACUUUUGCUGCCUCUUUCCCUCUGAGCUUUUUCCAAUUUCCAGUGGUGGAACCUCUCCAUGUAGGAUAAAAACCGCCAUGCAUCCCCAAUAAAGUCCACUCGUAUUUUUAUGCCCUUUGGAAAAAGAUUAAAAAAUAUAUUUGAGAGACAGAUAUAUGUGAAGAAUUACAAUAUUGUUUAUGGAUCAGAGGGGAGCUUAUCAAGUCUGUACAUUUUUGACUGAAUGUGCUGUGAAGGCUGUCGUGCUACAGUCGGUUCUAAAGGUUACGUUUUCUGCUGUGACGAUGCAUUCCUGUACAGAUGUGAACUGAUUAAAUGUAAGGAUUAAAUUUACGCACGUUCUCGGCUCCAAUUCAAUUUAUGGCGGCAUCCUCUGCACGUCGCUGUCGAGGUACAGGCUCUAUCUAGCGUUAUAUAUAUCUAUGUUGUCAUAGAUAUGAACACUAGAUACAACACCCCCGCUGUAGCAGCCUUGAUAACCGACGUGCCGACGUGGCAUCCAUGUUGUGAAGGUCGUCGUUACUUUCGCAACCUAUUUUAAUGAGGGUUACUGUUUUGUCAACACGAAAGCGUUUGUUAUCAAUACAUAAAAAAUGUUUUCCAUGUGAAAGGGACUCCCUGUUCCCUUGUCGUAAUUGUAUGGAGUUUUAAUGCAACCGUCGCCGUCGGCACGGAGCACAAAAUGGGCGGCUCCAUUGCUAUAAUGAAAAAAUAUCGGAAGCGGAGGGGCGGGACUUCCGCUUUCCAUUUUGUCUCUUUCCGUUUCCGCUCUUUCCUUUCUUUCUGCAAUGGAGGACCACGUUGCCGUCUCUGUUCGAGUUUAUUUAACACCAAAUGGCAAAUACGGUCCAAAUGGUUCUCUGCUUUACUUUUUUAAUUAUUACCGGUAUAGAAGAAAAGAACAUAGCUGAGGUGGGUAUUUUUAUUUUUAAACACGCUUCUGAGCACGAGACCAUGUGGCGUCGAGGCAUGUGAAGAGAAAAGUUAGAUUAAAUCGUUUCAACAAGUUGUAGCUUUAACAUGUUAAUAAAAUAAACUCAUUUACAUCUAGGUGCGUUUAGUUUAACCAUCUGACUUAAAUAAUUGACUCUCUCAGAAAACUUCUCAGUACACGAGGAACCCAUUUAUUUGCACAGUUUUUAUAAAAUGGCCCCCAGCAAAAGUUAUGUUUUUUUUUUUUCUCUCCUUCCCCCCCAACGGUUCUUUCCACAGUGCGAGGGCAUUAAAAGGAAUGAAGGCAAGGUCCCAAAGAGGGUCUGCUCUGAGUUAGGGUACAUUACACCUGGCUGGAUGUGAGAGAUGUAGCAUGUUGGAAAGGUGUCAAUCAAAAGGGACGGGCCCGGGUUGAGGACGCCGUUCGCCUGACUGCAUGUGAGAGCUGUUUUCAGGCCACCGCUUAAAAGAUGACGCUUCGUUUUGAAUAAGAAAACGGCACGGGGAUUGUGCCGUCUCUGGUUGACCACGGACUGGACACCAGCUCCUGCACUUACUGUUAAACGCCCUUACUGUUUUUAUUUAUUUUUUUGUCUUGGAGUAUGUCAAUAUUUAAAAUUUUAUUCAAUGAUUUCAUUAUCUAUUUUGAGUUUGAUGGGUGAGAAUGACAGAUUUCGUGAUACGCACGGGACAACAGAAGUGCCAAAAUUAAAAAGUGAAAUACCGAACUAAUUAAUGACGCAUUUAUAUAUUUAAUUUAGGCACUGUUGGUCCUCCAUAUGGGGAAGGAUGAGAAUCUACUCAGGAAAUUGCUCAAUUUCUCUUAUUUUCUUAUUUCUUCUUGGAAUAAUACGGCUAAUCUUUACUGGAUAAAGAUUUGGAAUUUAACUUGGAAAUAUUUGAUUAACGAUAAAAUGAAAGUAAAUUCAAAAAUACUUUAUAGGCUGUACCCAUGUAAAGUUUUUCGACAACAGUUCAGAAAAGACUGAUGCUAAUUGUUUUUGUGAAGAAUCCCCUGAAGAUGUUUUUCAUUUAUUUUGGAAUUGGCUAUUGUGUGCCAAUUUAUGGAACUGUAUUUAUAACUUGAUUUCUCUUUGUAUAGAACACUGGUGGUCCGGGGGCCAGAUCCGGCCCGUCCCAUCAUUUUAUGUGGCCCGCGAAAGCAAAUCAAAAUUGCUCAUUGUGUUCUGGUGUAAUACCAUUGAGAUAUUUGCAAGCAUUUUUUUGGGUUACCAAUCCCACUUUGAAAAUAAAUGUAAUAGUCGAAAAACA